AAUGAGUAGAAAGAGACCUAUAUGCUGUCAGGAUCAUAGUCCUGCAGAAUCUCUGACACCUCACAAUCAUUGCACCUGGGAAAAUGAGGGAUGUCCCACUACAUCACACAGGUUGUCUAUGAUGGAUUUUUUUCAGAAUGAUGAAAAACCUGUAGAUGUCCUUGCUUUUGGUCCUCUACAGACAAUUUAACAAAAUAGCACAGAAAUAGAUCUUCAUCAGAAAACAGAUAGAAACAAACAGUGAGGACAUUCUUAAAACCUACUCUAGGAAAAGAGCUAUAACUUUUAUAGUAGUUCAUAACAGCUCAGUUUUUGUGGAUCCUCCAGUUUGCAGAAGACAAUUCACUUGACGAAAUCACAGGGACCAUUUCCACUCAUUUCAGCUGAGAUAUUACAAUAAUAGUUGAGAAAAUGCUGCCAAGCUUUGGUAGCCACUCUAGGCAAGCUGGGCUUCCUUUGCUAAUACCAGCUCUACUUCUGCUAAUAGGCCCUCUAGUGGUUAGAGGGCAAAAUGACACAGAGCCCAUUGUACUUGAGGGUAAAUGCCUGGUGGUCUGUGACUCCACACCCUCUUCAGAGCCAGCAGGGAAUGCACUGGGUAUGUCAGUGCGUUCAGGUACUGGUCGUGUGGCCUUCUCCGCCACUCGCCAAACAAACCAUGAACCCACAGACAUGAGCAACCGUACCAUGAUCAUCUACUUUGACCAGAUCUUGGUGAAUGUGGGUGGUCAUUUUGACCAAGAGAGCAGUAUCUUCCUCGCUCCAAGGCGAGGGGUGUACAGCUUCAAUUUCCAUGUGGUGAAAGCAUACAACAGACAAACCAUACAGGUGAGUUUGAUGCUGAAUGGAUGGCCAAUGAUCUCAGCCUUUGCUGGAGACCAAGAUGUGACACGGGAGGCAGCCACUAAUGCUGGGCUCGUUAUCAUGGAGAGAGGGGACAAGGCUUACCUCAAACUAGAGAGGGGCAACUUGAUGGGAGGCUGGAAGUAUUCUACCUUUUCAGGCUUUCUGGUCUUCCCCUUGUAAAGGAUGAUCAUGUUGGGAAAGAGAUGAGCUGGGUGAAGAAAGGGGAAUGGGUUGCAUACUCUGCACUAUAGAGGGGAUAUGCUACACUAUGGAGGGACUGUUCACCCUAAAAGGAAAAUGUUUUGCUCGCCUUUGUUCCAAACUCGUAUGACUUUCUGUGGAACACAGAUGGAAAUGUUACUGUAGACAGAAUGACAGCCGUAGUCACAAACAUCUCUUUUUGUGUUCCAUGAUAGAACAAAGAAAGUCAUAUGGGUUUGGAACAAUGUGAGGGGGAGUAAAUGAUAGUAGAAUUUUCAUUUUUGGGUGAACUAUAAUGAGAAGUGCUAGAUGCCACAAAAUGGGAAAUCAGUAAUCAUGUAUGUUCUGCUGUGUUUUAUUUUUGCUGAGGGCAGACAAACACAGACAAUGAGAAGUUUAUUCAAAUCAAAUAUAACUUAGAAUAAGAUUAAAAAAGAUUAUUAUUUGGAAAUGCCACUACAAGUUAUAUUUAUGUCAUGUAUUUCAGAUAUUAGGCCUUUAUAGAAACAUACAAUGGAACAGAAAUAACUGCCAUAAAAAUAUAUUUUAAUUUAUGCAUUUCAUUUUCAUGUGAGGUUUCGGUUGUUGUUUUCUUGUCCAUGUUUGCCUGCUUGUUGAACUGUAUCUGUAUAUUCUCAAGCUUUGCAAAAAGAAGUCUUAUUAAACACUAUUCUUUGAAAAACCACAAA